GUGCGACGAGGGGAGGCGGCGUUGGUGCCUGGAGCGGGUUCCGAUUUUGAAUCUACGGCGGCGGCGGGAAGGCGGGAGCGGCGGCGGAGCGCCGAGGCGGGAGCUGCCGCGGGACGCAGGGUCAAGAUGGAUAGCACAGAUGAACCUCAGAAAAAGGUCUUUAAAGCACGAAAAACCAUGAGAGUAAGUGAUCGACAACAACUUGAAGCUGUCUAUAAGGUUAAAGAGGAGCUGUUGAAGACAACUGAAGUUAAACUGUUAAAUGGAAAGCAUGAGAAUGGAGAUUCUGAUUUAAAUUCCCCUUUAGGCAAUACAGACUGUAUGGAGGACAAGAGGGAAGUUAAUGGCCUAGUGGACUUGUGUGUUAACUCUGAAGAAGGAAGAACAGCUUCUGAUGAAAUUAGUGAAGCAAAAAGCCCUGAAAGUAGGGCAGGGAACAUAGUCAAUGACAUAGAACCCAAACUAACGCUGUCUCCAGAGGAUGUUACUCCUGCACAAGAUAAAGAUACUGAUACUGCUUUAGCUUGCGAGGCUGAAAAUGGAGUGCUUUGUAGCAAUAAAGAUAACUUCCAUGAAGAAAAUAAUACAAAAGAUCAUUUGGACCAAAGAGAGAGUGACAUCCCAUUAGAAGGUGAAAGUAAAUCAAUUUGUGGUAUCAGUGACUCUUCUGAAGAGAAGGGAGAAGCAAAUGACUUAACUAUUAAUUCCGAUUCAUCUGGUGAGGCAAAAAGGACUGAGGAAGGAACUGUUGAAGAAGCUGUUGGAGAAGAAGCCAUCUCUAGCAGUAUGGAAGCUGACCAAGAACCAAAGGACAAACAAGGCAUCCCUGCAGGUCUUUCAGAAACCACUGUUCAGAAGACAAUAGAUGAGCCAAGUGGAAGUAUCUUGGACAAUACUGACUCUAUGGAAACAGAUGAAAUUAUUCCAAUUUUGGAAAAACUAGCCCCUGCUGAAGACGAACUGAGCUGUUUUUCUAAAAGUUCUCUGCUUCCAGUGGAUGACACAGUCCCAGACUUAGAAGAGAAGAUAGACAACUGUUUGGGUUCACCAUCCAAGCAGGAAAGCAGUGAAAGUCUGCCAAAAGAAGCUUUCUUAGUACUGUCUGAUGAAGAGGAUGCUUGUGAUGAGAAGGAGGAACGUGCUGAAAUAAUACUACCAAACAAGUCAAGUCUUCCAGAAGAGGUGGAGGAGGAGAGAAGAAAGGAGAGUGAAGAGGGUGGAGAAGAAGAGGCCCACAAAGAAGAGGAGAAGCACACAGAGAGAAGUGAAGCGUCAAGGAGAAAGCGUUCCAAAUCUGAGGACAUGGACAGUGUUCAUUCUAAACGUCGUCGGUACAUGGGAGAAGAUUAUGAAGCAGAACUUCAAGUAAAAAUUACAGCCAGAAAGGAUGUUGACCAAAAAUUACAAAAGAUUAUCCAGAGACUGUUAGAAGAAAAACUUACUGCUUUACAGUGUGCUGUAUUUGACAAGACUCUGGCGGACUUGAAAACCCGAAUAGAGAAAGUAGAAUGUAACAAGAGGCAUAAAACUGUGCUUACUGAACUACAGGCUAAAAUCGCUAGAUUGACAAAGCGGUUUGGAGCAGCCAGGGAGGACUUGAAGAAAAGACAGGAAAAUUCACCAAAUGCACCCCUGUCUCCAGGGAAAGCAGCAAGUGACACUGCAAACACGAUCAAUGCAACAUAUCGAAAUGCUGGCACAGUGAGGCAGAUGCUGGAGUCAAAGAGGAAUGUAGGAGAGAGCACGCCAGCAACUUUUCAAGCCCCUGUGAAUGCAGUGCCAGCUUCCAGUCUUGCGGCUCCUCCGACAGUUGUCAGUGGACACCCUAAGCCUCAGACUCCAGUGACCUCCACCAGCUCUUUGACAACAGCAGUUCUUCCCACAGCUAACGCAGCUACGGUUGUAGGCACUAACCAAGUGCCCAGUGGCAGCACUCAGUCAGUGUCUGUCUCAUUGCAGUCUUUGCCCGUAAUCUUGCAUGUACCUGUCGCAGUGUCAUCCCAGCCUCAGCUCCUGCAAGGCCACACAGGGACUUUGGUCACUAACCAACAGUCAGGCAACGUUGAAUUUAUAUCCGUACAAAGCUCAUCUACAGUUGGUAGCCUUACCAAAACUACAGUGUCUUUGGCCUCCACUAACCCAACUAAACCAAAUAACAGCCCAUCUGUGCCCAGUCCUGGCAUUCAGAGGAACUCUCCAGCCAGUGCUGGGCCAAUAGGCACAACGUUGGCAGUACAGGCUGUUUCUACUGCACAUCCUGUUGCCCAGGCCACAAGGACUUCUUUGCCCACAGUGGGUACUUCAGGACUUUAUAAUGCUACCAGCAGUCGAGCCCCUCUACAGAUGAAGAUUCCCCUCUCUGCAUUUAGUAGUACAGCUCCUAUUGAACCACCCACCAUUACAGCGCCCAGAGUUGAAAACCAGACAAGCAGGCCACCAACAGAUACUUCGGCAAACAAGCGAACUGCUGAGGGAACAACACAGAGCACGAAGGUCACAGGAAGUGAUUCAGGAGGUGUCAUUGAUCUUACACUGGAUGAAGAGGACGAUGGCUCUUCUCAAGCAGAUGGCAAGAAGCAGAACCAGACACCUGUUACAGGAUUAAGCAUAUCCAGCCAGCCCUUGGCUCGCCCCUUGCAGCCUUUGCAGCCAAACCCUGUGCAGCAGACAGGUGUGCCAACAAGUGGACCUUCCCAGACGACCAUACAUGUAUUACCUACAGCUCCGACAACAGUGAAUGUAACUCAUCGGCCAGUGACUCAAACUGCAGCGAAACUUCCUAUACCAAGAGCCCCUGCUAACCAUCAGGUGGUCUAUACCACUCUUCCUGCACCACCAGCUCAGAAUCCUGUAAGAGGGGCUAUAGUGCCAAGCCCAGGUUUAAGGCCAGUCAACCCACAGACUGGAGGUAUGACAGUACGAAUGCCUCCGACAACUGCAUAUGUUGUGAACAAUGGACUAACUCUUGGAUCUGGAGCACCUCAACUUACAGUGCAUCAUCGACCACCGCAAGUGCAUGCUGAGCCACCACGCCCUGUACAUCCUGCCCCACUCCCAGACGCACCACAGCCACCACGGCUGCCCCCUGAAGCUGCCAACACUUCUCUGCCUCAAAAGCCCCAGCUGAAGCUGGCGCGGGUACAGAGCCAGAAUGGUAUUGUGUUGUCAUGGAGUGUUAUGGAGGUGGACCGGAGCUGUGCCGCUGUGGACAGUUACCAUCUCUACGCCUACCACGAGGACCCGAGUGCCACUAUGCCCUCCCAGUGGAAGAAGAUAGGGGAAGUGAAGGCCCUCCCGCUACCUAUGGCAUGCACUCUUACGCAGUUUGUGUCUGGCAGCAAAUACUACUUUGCAGUCCGGGCUAAGGACAUCUAUGGACGUUUUGGACCCUUCUGUGACCCCCAGUCCACAGAUGUGAUCUCUUCCCAGAGCAGUUAAACUAGAGAUCUUUGGAGCCUUUAAACCUGUCCUACUACCAAGAAUUACCCCAGUUUUGGGGGGGUUGAUCCAAUGCAUGAAAUUCACUUUUAAAUCCACUCUCUGCAGGAUUAUUUUAGGCAGUUGUGUGAUACACUACAUGCAUUCAGAACCAAAAGAAAAAUAAAGUCUGACCUGCAGCAAGAGAGCCUGUUUCUUCUGGAUAGCUCAAGUCAUGGGCCGUUUGAAAAUUUCACUUUCCUUUCCAUGACAGCUGUUCCACCUAGAUACCUACCUACCCUUUAUCCAAGGGCACCCUGGAUGCCUGGGAUUCUGCUUCAGAGUUGGAACAAAAUAAUAAAUUACAGUUUGUCUGAAGCAAAACAUAUACAUCUGUAAUAUCUAUCAAGGCACUAACAUGAGGGCAAGAACCUCUUGCUGCCCACCGCUCUGUGAGCAGGCUGUGAUAUGUGGGUGAUUCAAGGUCUCACUUUUGUACUGGAAGAUUGAGUGGUCUGGUCUUAUUUUACAAACUGUAAUGAGGUCUCUGAGGGGAGGGAAGGGAACUUGACUCUGGCCAGGGAACCAAUAUAUGUGUGAAUUUGGAGGUGGGGGAAAAAAAUAAAUCGCCCCACUACCUCCUACCUCUCCUAACUAAGAAUGCUCUUCUACUUUCACCAUCCUCACCCACUCACACCGGGAGCAUUCCCAGGUCAGAUCUGAAACUGGAUUGUAGAGACUGCAUUCACACCCCUCUUGUUCAGAUAAUUUCUCUGCCCCUCCCCUCGUACAUCCAGCCCUAUUUUUUAGAUUUAUUUUGUGCCUUAAAUAAUAAUUUCAGAAAUAAAAUGUAGCCAGAUACCUUGUGGUGUUCUUUUAUUUGCUUGGAGUUGUUUUUCCCUUUACCCUUGAGCCUUUCAUUACUGCUUCUCAUUUUCCUGGCCUGCAGUAAUUAUUAUUUCUGUAGACUGGGGAGUGUCCGUCCUGCUGAUGCUGGAUUUGGUUUUGUCUGCAGUAUCAUUCAACCCUGUCCUCACUGUAAUUCUUGAAUAGUUGUUUUUGUCCUGUCAAGAAUAUUAGAGUAUACAGACAGUAUUUUCCACCAGAGCCUUUCGCUGUUCUUUUGGGAAAGCUGUAUGCUGCAGUUCAGCCAAAGAAGAAACCUCUGUGGUGUGGCACCAUGAAAGCUUCUAGCUGUUUGCACUGAGUUUGGAUGUUCAGUUAGUACAAAAAGGUAAGCAGUUGGCUUCCCAGUCCUCUCUCUCAUCACCUGCCUGCCUCUGCAGAAAGCUAACGCACCCAAAGCAGUUUAGGAGUUAUUUUAGACACUGGCCUAAAACUUCUGAGCAAUUGCAAAUGUAAAUAGAUGCUUUCAUGAUGCUUCUGAGCUGAGAAAAGAAAUUGGUGCAUCUGCCCCACUGUUGUUGACAUGUUAAUCUUGCUUUUUGCAGAACCAAAUUGUAAUGCACCUGGACAAGAAAGUAUAUGUAAGUUGUUUAUCUUGGCACUUUUCUGUCUCAUUCCUGCCCAGCAGAACCAAACAGUGGAUUUAGAAAGGAAAGAGUCUUUUUCUUUUUAAUCCACUUUACCAUGUAGCAAAGCUGUAGAAGAUUACAUUUUUUAAUUUCAGUGCCCUCAUUCUUAAAACCAACAUUUUUUAAAUGUAAAGCAAGGUUGAAAAGGGCAGGAAAAAUUAAGUCCCAAAACAUGCUGGUGAAAUAUGCUAUGAGAUUAUGGGUUCUUUAGUUGUGUUCCCUUUGAGAACUUUUACAGUGAAAGAAACUGCAUUGUAGACUUUUGUCUAUACUAUUUUACUGCACUCCUUCAUGUAGCUGGGAUUGUCACUUCUAUCAGGUGAGUAACAAAUAUUCUCUGUAUGGAAACUUGCAUUUGAAGUAUAGCAGUUUUAUUGAUUUGGGCGAGCAAAAAUUCUGUCUAAAUCCAAGUAUCAUGAGAGAAGGUUCACACAAUCUCAUGUAUGAACAAUGUGUAACCUUUCCUUUGAGUAACAGUUGUCCCUGUAUUACUGGUGCCAAUAAUCAAUAAUGCCUUGAAUUUUUCUAUGUUUCAUUAAAUGUUCUGACUGCCUGUUUCAAGGAAUAAUUACUUAAUAAUGCAUUUAGUCUACUUAUGGAAAGUUGGGUCCUUACAAAGCCAGCUCUGUAGUAGAGGUUAGAGCAGUUCAUUCCGGUUGAUGGCUGUCAAGUCCUCCCUGGGCAAUUUUUUUAAUGUGUCUUUGAGGUGGUACCAAAGGGCCAUUGGCCGUAUCAGUACAAUGAGGUUUUAUAGUUUUAAAGUUAAAAUAAACUUAAGAAUACAACCUAGAAUUUAUGCUGCUUAUUUAACUGUGAUUCCAGCCCAAACUAUACAUGAGCUUUUCUAUAGUUUGUGCCUGCGUUUAGGUCACGAUUGUUCUUAGCUUUGUCUUGCUUGGGAUAGGUGGGGGGUGAGAGUCCUGUGUUAGAAUGUUUUUCUUUCCUCCAAUGGAGGUAUUAUUGGGGAUGGUCUGAUACUGUGUUUGGAGGUUUUGUGGGCUGUAUCUUUAGAGAAAGACGACUCAUCUUUAUUUACUAAAGAAAGAUGUAGUUCUCAACUGAACUGAUUGUAAAAACUGGCUUCCGGAUUAAUAGAUCCGUUUCUGCUAUGUAUGCAGAGUGCAGUUGAUUUUUUGUGAAUAGAUUAAAUAAGCUAGCUACCGUUUGUUGACUGAAGCCAUGGCAGCUGUGGGGUGAAAGCUGACUUCUCUUUUGUUUCAUCCCAGCAGAGCUCUUAAAGGUCCAAUUUCAGGGUCUUAAGCAAGUGGUGGGGGCAAAGUAUGUGAUAAAGCAUGGCUUGGCUUUCAAAUGCCUAGCUCGGUUUGGAGACCUUACAGGUAGCUGGUCCUUAAAUCACUGACACACAAAGAGAGAACUCUGCCAUUUCUGUGAAAUCAUUUUCAUGGUGGAGCAGAACUCUGCAGUGAGUAUUCACCCCUUAUACUAACAAAUGGGAGUAUUGCUUAACUCCUUAACUCAUGGCACUUUUCCCUGUGUUGUGGGGUGGCUGGUUAUUUUAUUAUCCUUUACCUCCCAGAAACAAUAAAACUAUUGAGAAACUAAAUUUCUGCUAGCAACAAACGUUCAGAAAUAAUUGAUUUCACUUAAUAGACUUUAUUUGAAUGUAUUGCCAAAAUACCUGAGAACAUUCAGUACAGGUCUGUUAACACCAUGCUUCUAGACUUGGCUCGUCAUAAAAGCGUUAGUUGCUGGAGGCUUCCAAUAAUCCACUUGUAGAGAUUUUUCGCAUAUUUAAAUUUAGGUGGAAGGGUUGGUUUUAGUUUCUUCUCUGCACUUCAUGCAAGUUUUUCCAUCUUAUUUUCAACAGCCUGGUAUAAAGCUGUUCCUGACUUACUUAGUGUUUUGCUGUUGCCACUGGGUACUUCACAUUUCAGCAGUACCACCUUGGGUCUAGUUUCCUGUGUUUUAGCAAAUGUGGUGCUGAUUCUCCAGCUGUGUUUUCCAUCCCCAUUUACUUUCUGGUUUGUUCUAGGUUUGGUUUGUUUUCUCUGUGAUACAAGGGCAUCUGAAUGUCCAGGUUGAAAGUAACUUGAGUUAGUUCAGUUUCUGGUUGGAGAGGAGCCCUGCUGAGGAGUGCUGAUGGCAAAAUGCCAUUCCUUUCUAUUGUAUUCCUCCUAGUUACAGCUUCACAGGCCUUGUUUAUUUCAGUAUAUGUUUAAAAAAAGCUUUAUUGGAUUCAAAUGACUAAACCCUGGGAAGGGGAGCAGACUUUAGGUAUAGCAUCUGUACUGCAUCUGCAGUGGCAGCUUCAGAAAAGAUGAGGGUGCAGAGGCAGGUUCCCCUCAGCCUGUAUUUAUUUCCAUGCUUCCCUGGGAGUAGCAGUUGGUCUUAGACUUGCCUCUUUCAAAUUAUUUGUGCUACCAUUGGCCACGCUAGAUCACUGAGCACAAGCACCGAGACAUUCGCCCAUCCCAAGGGUUUUAGCACAAGGCUGGAAAUGCCCACGGUGUCUUCCCUGUAAAGAUAAGAGGUCUUACCCUGCUUCCUUUGAAAACAAUGGCAAAACACCUCGUGCCUUCAGUGGGAGCACGACUGGACCCAAUAGUACAAUCUGAGCACUGUUUUGUACUGUAACAAAAAUAGUCACUUCAGCCCUUCCUUGAUGCCAUUUGUCUUAAAUGUCCAAUAAAUUAGAAUCUGUAUUCUAUGUAGGGACAGGUCAAAUCUCUUCCUGCUCCCCAAACAGCCAUUCUCCAGUAUUACGAGUAUUGCAUGCACUGUACAAAAUGAAGCUGUGAUUCUGUCAUCUUAUAAACUCUUGACUAUUUUCAUUUAGUCAAAAAUAUCUAUCCAGAUUUUUUAAAUAGAAGCUUGAUGUAUUAAUUUUUUUUUUUUUUAAUUUGUUGGUUUGGGUAAGGGUGGGCAUUGUAUGAAAACAAUGGAGGAAGAGGACUUCAAAUGACAGUGAGCCAGCCCUGCCACCAAAAUCUGUAUUCCCUUCCAAACACCUUCUGAGGGGAGAAAGAAAAAAAUAAGGAUAGCUAAGAGAAAGUGAAUUAAGCUUUUCAUCCCUUCUAAGUACCUGUUAAAAAAAGCAUCUUUAUUUCUCAUUGUCAUUAUGCAGGCUGAGCAUUCUUUUUUUCUCAUAUAUACACACACAUAUAUAUAUUUGAAGUGCUGUCUUAAUUUAAUGGGGUAUAGCUGUAAAUAAGAUAACUGGAUAGUAGCUGUUUGGGGAGUCUUGUUCAGCUUUAGUAAUUUAUUGGCUA